AUGAAAGGUGUCAUGAGAUUUGGGAAGAAAGGAAAGCUUAGCCCAAAAUAUAUUGGCCCAUAUGAAAUAUUACAGAGAGUAGGCAAGGUAGCUUAUAGGUUAGCCUUACCUAUGGAACUAAGUAAAGUGCAUGAUGUAUUUCAUGUAUCUCAGUUAAGAAGGUAUAUACCUGACAAGUCACAUGUGCUACAACCUGAAACAAUUGAGUUAGAUCAAAGCUUAACUUAUGAAGAAAGACCUGUCAAGAUCCUUGACAGUAUAGUGCGUAGUACACGCAACAAGGAAGUUAAAAUUGUUAAAGUGCUAUUGUCUAACCAAGAAUAUGAGGAAGCAACUUGGGAAGCUGAAUAUGAGAUAAAAGAGAAAUAUCAUGAGUUGUUUAAGGACGUCCAAUCACUUCAUGUGGCAUUUGCCUACUCGAUUAGCUCCCGGUGUAGUUUACCUCAAUUUAUUUGGGUCAGAGAAUUGGUAGGAAACCAGUUUGAUGCGUAA